GGGGGCCGCAAUUUCGGGAGGAUGAAUGCGGAGAACCAAGAUGUGCUGCUGGAUCUAGAGGGGGAGGAGGAGGAGGAGGAGGAGGAAGACGACGAUGACGGGGAGACCGUCUUGGAACUGAACCAGGUGAUUAUUCCCACUUACGGAACUGUGCCGGAUCAGCAAAACCUCCAUACUCCUGAAUGGGUGGAUUUUGAUGAUAAGCCUGACUCCUUGUUCUUCAGUGAUGGGCAACGAAGAAUUGACUUUGUUUUGGUGUAUGAAGAUGAAAGUAAAAAAAUUACUCAUAAGAGGAGUGAUCGUAAAAAGCAAAAGAGGAAGAGACAAAUAUAUGAAUCAAACCUGAUAAGCAACGGCUUGCAACUUGAAGCAACGAGAUCGGUUUUGGAUCAAAAACUCAUUUUUGUGAAAGUGCAUGCACCUUGGGAAGUGCUAUGCACGUAUGCCGAGGUUAUGCACAUCAAAUUGCCUCUGCAACCCAAUGACCUGAAGACCCGAAACUCAGCUUUCAACUGGUUUAGUCGACUCUUCAGAGUGGAUGAAAAUAUCAUCAAACCUGAGCAGGAGUUUUUCACUGCCCCUUUUCAAAAGGAACGUUUGUCCAACUUUUAUAUUCAAGACAAAGACACAUUUUUCAAUCCUGCAACCAGAAGCCGAAUUGUUCAUUUUAUCCUGUCCCGUGUUGAAUAUGCAACCAAAAACAAGGUGAAAAAGUUUGGCAUUAACAGACUACUGGACACUGGAAUCUACAAAGCAGCAUUUCCCCUCCAUGACUCUAGUUUUAGGCACCUGUCAACUGAUCCCAACUGCCCAAGUGAACGGUAUCUUCUCUACAGGGAAUGGGCUCAUCCUAAGAACAUUUUCAAGCUGCAGCCCCUGGAUUUCAUCAGGAAAUAUUAUGGAGAGAAAAUUGGAAUCUACUUUGCUUGGCUGGGCUUUUACACUAAUAUGCUGAUCGUGGCUGCAGUUGUAGGAGUUGGCUGUUUUCUGUAUGGAUGCCUGACAAAGGACGACUGCACAUGGAGCCAAGAAGUAUGUGAUCCCAACAUAGGAGGUAAUAUCUUAAUGUGCCCUCAGUGUGAUAAAGUAUGUACCUACUGGAACCUCAGCAUCACCUGUGAAUCAUCCAAGAAACUCUGUAUAUUUGAUAGCUUUGGAACACUGGUCUUUGCAGUAUUUAUGGGAAUAUGGGUUACUUUGUUUUUGGAGUUUUGGAAGCGACGGCAGGCUGAACUGGAAUAUGAAUGGGACACAGUUGAGUACUUAGAACAAGAAGAACAAGUUCGCCCUGAGUAUGAAGCUCGGUGCACUCAUGUAGUAAUGAAUGAAAUCACACAGCAAGAAGAACAUGUGCCAUACACUGCCUGUGGGAAGUGCAUACGGAUGGCUUUCUGUACAAGUGCUGUCUUCUUCUGGAUUCUUUUGAUUAUUGCUUCAGUUAUUGGAAUCAUUGUCUACAGGCUCUCGGUUUUCCUGGCAUUUUCUGCAACGUUGUCACAGCACAUUAGUGGAACAGAGGCGAUCCGCAAAUACCUGACUCCACAGACAGCUACUUCAGUAACUGCUUCGCUCAUCAGCUUUAUAGUCAUUAUGGUUCUCAAUGUCAUCUAUGAAAAAGUGGCAAUCCUGAUUACUGACUUUGAGCUUCCAAGGACACAGACUGACUAUGAAAACAGUCUGACCACAAAGAUGUUCUUGUUUCAGUUUGUCAACUACUAUUCUUCAUGCUUCUACAUAGCCUUCUUUAAGGGCAAAUUUGUAGGUCACCCUGGAAAUCCAGUUUAUUGGCUAGGAAAGUAUCGCAAUGAAGAGUGCGAUCCAGGUGGAUGUCUCCUUGAACUCACAACUCAGCUUGCCAUCAUAGUAGGAGGUAAAGCAAUCUGGAACAACAUUCAAGAAGUGCUUCUUCCUUUGAUUAAGAAUCUAAUCGGAAGAUACUGUGCAACUGCUAGAUCAGAAAAAGUUGUUCCACGCUGGGAACAGGACUACCACCUGCAGCCCAUUGGAAAACUUGGACUGUUUUAUGAGUAUCUUGAAAUGGUUAUACAGUUUGGCUUUGUCACUCUGUUUGUGGCAUCGUUUCCUCUGGCUCCUCUCCUGGCUCUUAUGAACAACAUGUUGGAAAUCCGGUUGGAUGCAUGGAAGCUGACAACACAGUUCAGGCGCAUGGUUCCACAGAAGGCACAAGACAUCGGUGCCUGGCAGCCCAUCAUGCAAGGCAUAGCCAUUCUUGCAGUGGUCACCAAUGCUAUGAUCACUGCUUUUACAUCUGACAUGAUUCCUCGUCUGGUUUAUUACUGGUCCUUUUCGGUCCCUCCUUAUGGGAGUCACAGCGGUCACACUAUGAAAGGCUAUAUAAAUAGUACACUUUCUGUCUUCAAUAUAUCAGACUUCAAGAAUGUAAGCAAGCCAUUUUCCCCUUUGUUUGGGAACCAAACAACAUGCAGAUACCGGGAUCUCCGCUACCCUCCUGGUCACCAGCACCAAUAUGAGCAUAACAUAUACUACUGGCAUGUCAUUGCAGCCAAGCUGGCUUUCAUCAUUGUCAUGGAGCAUGUCAUAUACUUCGUGAAGUUUAUUAUUUCAUACGUAAUUCCAGAUGUAUCACAAAAGACCAAGAGCAAGGUCAAACGAGAGAAGUACCUAACACAGAAACUCUUGCAUGAGAAUGAUCUCAAAGUUGUGAAAAAAACCAUGGGGAAAAUAGCCGACAAAAUUAUCAGAGGAGUAGACAGCACUUUCCGACCUAAAGCUGAAUAAGUUAGUUUUUUUAUGGAAUAACAGUAUUUAGCCAACUACUACCUGUCCAGAUAUUACCAAUAGCUAAUCAAAGACUUUGGAUUAAUUCCCUUGACUAAACAUUGUUUUUUGCAACUGCUACGUGCUCAUUUACCUGUUUCCUUUGGACAAAUGCAACCACUGCAACUCAUGUAAGAGUUAUCAAUUUUUUAAACAGCUUUAGUAGGACAUUUUUUUAACAUGUGAAGAUAAAAAUUAUUCAUCCUCUUCAGAUGAUGCAGAUUAAUUCUUAAAUGCAUAAAAUGCUUUCCAUUUUAUUUGACAUGGGCUAUUAGAUCUCGUUUGACUUGAAUAAAAACUUAAGAACAAGAAUGAUUUGUUAUAAGAAUACCAUCACAUCUUCUGAAGGAGUUUUGAUUACUUGCUAAUGCAAACCCCAACUAAAAAAUGAAGAGGAAGAGCCAAAACAUGAAGGAAGGAGAAGGAAACUACAACUCAAAAUCAUGUUGUUAAGCCAUUGGAAUUGACAUACUAAGCGCUGUAUAUGCUGCACUGAAUUAGCUAUGCAUACUGAGACUUAAAUAGAUAACAAGAUAUUUCAAUUAAUCAUGGAAUUGGAUCACAAGAAGCAGCAGGACUGUAAGCCCAUCCUGUUCAUCAAUCUCUCUGUAAACACAAGAAUUGCCUUUGAAAUCAAUGCAUACAAACUGACUUUACAGCACUCUGAGUGAGCAGAAAACUUGGGCAUUUUCUUUUCCCAGUCAAUGUACUUUCAUUAGUUCACUUGCCCAUUCUGCUCUAAAUGACCGUAGCCUGGAAGUUCUCCUACCUGUAACAGUAAUGAGUGUUAAAAGUCUUUUCACAUACUAAAUCAAUAUUUGUAGAGGGCCGUCCUUCACAUUUCUCCCACACCAGAGGUACCAUGCUCUUCCCCGAGAUUUUGACAUAGGAAGAAUGAGCAGCUGGACCUGUUGUGGUGCGACAUUGCAUAAUAAAGUGAAUUCUGACAAGACCAUAAACCUAUUCAAACUGGAGAUUGGAAUAAACCAUUCAAUAUGCCUUAACCAUGUUGUGAGGCUUUAAAUAACUAGGAAGGAUGAGAUGUGAAUGCAUGUGCUAGAGCCAUCAGUCAUCUUCAAAUUAGGCUCCAGAUCUGCUUGGCUAUUUUGGCUCCAAUUGCAAACUGUUAAGGAAUUACAGAUUAAGCAUGCAUGCAGAGCUCUGCUUUUUGUCUGCAGCAGUGAUAUUCCACAUUAUUAACUUGCUUUCUCUUUUUAACAAUUUUUGUGGACCAAUUUCUACAAAUUCUGAAAAAAACAAAAUCUUGUUAAAAAAGCAAAAGUAUGCCUGUACUCUGUAAACCAGAUUACUGUUGUGUUUGUAAUUUUGUGCUAAUCUUAAAUGUAAUAGAUACGAAGAAUUUUUAGGCAGAUUAUUCAUAUAGCUUUUUACAUAUUAAGAAGUUCAUUUGCAGAAACUAAGUAGCAUUUAUAAGAUGUAUUUUAUCUCAUUAAUAAUCAGAAGAAAACAAACAUCUGAUUUUUGUAGCAAAACUUCCAAAUACUGACUGCUGUGUACUUCAAGCCUAUCCUUUGAAAUGGCAACAUUUAAACCAGAAGAGGUAGCACAUCAAGGGAGUCCUUUCAGCAGUCAUGGUACACAAGCUUUCACUCAGCAAGACUUUGCAUGAUUGCAUGAAAGAUUGUGAGAAUAAAACUUGGUUCAAAAAUCAAGUGAUGAUGAAAGAAACUCACAGGUUCCAGAGAACCACUUGCAUUUCUGGCACUGUUGUAUAGACUCCACCUGAAGACCAAAAAAACACAGGUCAGAAAACCAAGAUAGACCAUAGUCAUAAAUUGCAGUCACCCAGAGCAGCAAUGGAACCAGUGCUUCUUUGCACAGAAAAUUCUACCCUUUGCCAUUUGUUUUGGUUUCAUCAGAAUUAUGACAACACUUUAAUUUACCAGGAAGAAAAUAUAAAUUGGGCAGAUGGACAAACACUCAGAAGUUUCUAAAAAAGACAGAAUUUCUUAUCAAAUUAUACCCCUUCAAUACUGGUUUGACCUUUUCCCCAGAUCACAGAUGGUUGGGGUUGAAAAGGACCUCUGGAGGUCAUGCGGUCCAACCCCUCUGCUCAAGCAGGGCCACCUACAGCCAGUUGCCCGGCUUUUGAGUAUCUCCAAGGAUGGAGACUCCACAGACUCUCUGGGCAACCUGUGCCAGUGCUCAGUCACCUUCACAGUGAAAAAGUGUUUCUUGAUGUUCAGAGGGAACCUCCUGUGUUUCAGUUUGUGCUCAUUGCCUCUGGUACUGUCACUGCAUAGCAUACCAAACUUGUAUUUAAAACAAUUUUUUAUCCAAAACUGUUUCAUGGCACAAUUUUUUCAGUGAAGUACUCGGGACUUCCCAGUGCAAAAUGAGUUAGAAAGGCCAGUCAGCUCCUUUCAGACUUGGAGCUUUUUGACUUUAGCUUUGAACUGGCCCUUCCCCAUCUGCAGUUGUGUUCAGCUGAGAGAUGCCAUCUUCAUUUUCUUUGCCCAUCGGUGAUCACAGCACCAGUGUGCCUUAAGUACCUUUUCAGGUGUGGUGCUGGAGGGCUGGGGAAGGCAAGCAGGCAUCCUGUGAUAAAGGAAAAAAAAAAAGCAGCAUGAAAUGGACCAUUUCAGACAAUUGUUUGGUCUUAAGGAAGCAUUUAUUGCCCUCUUUGAGAGGUAAAGAGACUAGGAAACAAAGGAAUUGAGUGCCUUGAGUUCCUUGCCUGGGGUCACACUGUGAGCAGUGGCAGAGCUUAAGGGUGAUUUUCAGGAGUGUCUGGUCUUUCUGUUCCUUGUUUGGCUCCUGUGGCCUCUCUCAGUUGCUGCUUUUUACAUCAGUUGUCAGCUUUUCCUAAAGGUGGAGUUGAUUCGGUGUCAGAGAGAGUUUAUAUUCCUGCCUUUAAGAUAAUGAUUUAAAAAAAAAAUACUACAUCAGCAAAGCAUGUGUAUCUUUGACUUGGGAUCCUCCUAUAAUAAAAUCCUGAUCAGGUUUGAGUAUGUUUCUACAUUACCAUUUUGUUCAGCUCAAAGGUGUGCUUUUGAAACUAGUCAUCCACUUGUCCCCACUUUCUGGGCAGUGCUUCCCAUCACAGUCUGGUCUCCGAGCGCAUGGACUGAAUUCCUCUUGGUUUAAACUGAACCAGAAGGCAGGUUUUAGAGAUGCACUUAAUGGUCCCUGACAGGCACUUAGUCCGGAAAGCUAAAACCAGAGCUAGGCUGAAGAGAGCAGUGAGUACUGCAUGGGCAUCACCUAGUGAACAUAACUUUUUGCUCUAGUGGUUUGCUUCUGGAGAGCCAUGCUCCUUGCUAAUGGAGCUGUAACAUUUCAUUUCAGAAGACAUUAUACGAGGAAUUCAGUUCAGUUUGCCAUAUGCACAGUGUUUUUCACAGCACAAUUCUGAAUGAGAGAGAAAGAAGAGGAAAACCAACAGAGUGCCUAAUAAUUGCAGUUUAAUAGUUUGAUUUAAGCUGUGUAGUUUCUGUAGCCUCUACCUCCAACUGCUGAAAUGUGCUCUGCUUGUACACAGGGAGCUCUGCGUAGGCAUCAGAACAAAAUGCUGGGGAGGGCAGAUGCCAAAAUAUGAGCAUUUGUAACUUUCUUUGGUUUUUUUUUAGACUAGGUCACUUUAAUAAUUAAAAAUCUGCUUGAAGGGAAAAUUAACAUUUGUUUUAAACUAUGAAUCAAUUUCACUCUUUUUUACACUUGAUAUGUAUGCCAGACUCUUACUUUGUACAGAUCUGUUGGAGUCAGGGUGAAUUUGGACCAGUAACCAUUUCCUUGCCUUAACAAGCACCAUAAAUUACAGACCGUUGCCACUGUUUUAGACUCCAUGUAUGUUUAUAAAAUUCAUAAUAUAAGAAUGUAUUUUUUGUAUUUUUUCUAAUAAUGUUUGCUAUUAGUUUCAGAAUAAUAAGAUUUCUUUAUAUUUAUUGUCAUUAAAUAAAGUCUAUUUUAAAAUAAAAAUACAUCUGAUGUUGACUACCAUUGUUUUCCCAUGAACAAUAGUGCUGCUGCCAAAUGCCACAUUUAAAUUAUUGCAAUGUCAUCUCUGUCUAAUUUCCAUAUUCCUCCUCUUUUUCAAUCUUUUUCCAUUAAACUGUUACUGGUACUGAAAUUUAUCUCCUGUUUUUUCUGCAUCCUCUAGAUGGAAGUCAUUCCUUUCCACACCAAGUAGAUGACAAGGACCAUUAUGUUCUCAUACAAAUAAACAGUUCAGGUCUUUAUACCCUUUCACUCCUGUCAUGAUAAACCCUGUGUUAUGUUUCAGAGUCAUCAUUUAUUUCUUCAUCUGAAUUGAGUCUGUGAUGCUCCCACCUCCAGGCAGUCCAUUCUCUCUGUCUUUCCCUGCCAGCCAACCAGCCAGCCAUCCGUUCUGUUUCUGCUCUGACUCUUCCUCUCUACUUUGAGGAAAUCCUUUUCUAAGAUUUAGCGAAUAGGAAGGUUAGAGAGUAAUUUUAAACAGAGACCUUUUUUUGCAUUGAGGUGUGUUGUUUUUAUUUCCCUUAGGGAUUCCCACGAU